CCUAAAGUCUUAUCUCGCCGUCUUCUCUACACUUUUUCUGCAAAAACAGAGUUGCAGGUCAUCGGAAAAUCGACGUGCUCUCGGCAACUUCUUCUUCUCUACUAUCCUCUUGCUCUUGGACGCCGUCUACUUUCACUAGGGGUUCCUCUGUCUUUAACCGUUAAAGCCAUCUAAACAUGUCGUCGCUACGGAAUGCUGUUCCACGGCCAGCUCAUAAGGAGCGUUCCCAACCGCAAGCGAGGAAGAAGUUUGGGCUCCUCGAGAAGCAUAAGGACUAUGUCAUCCGAGCCAAAGCUUACCACCAAAAGGAAGACAUUAAAAAGAAACUUAAGCAGAAGGCGGCUUUCAAGAAUCCAGAUGAAUUCUACUAUAAGAUGAUCAAUAGUAAAACUGUUGAUGGAGUUCAUAGACCAAAGGAAGAGAUAAACAAGUACAGUGCAGAAGAGCUUAUGAUCAUGAAGACCCAAGAUAUUGGAUAUGUGUUCCAGAAAUGGCAGAGUGAGAAAAACAAAAUUGAUAAGCUUACUGCAUCACUGCAAUGUACGGAGGACCAGCCUAGCCGUAGACAUGUCUACUUUGCAGAAGACAGAGAGGAAGCUAGAGAGCUGGAGUUGCAAGCUAGAAGCAAAAGUGAUAUCUCCGCCAUACAUAUUCCGAAAGAUAUUAAAAAGAAAAUGGAUAGAUCAUACAGAGAUCUCGAGGCAAGGAAGAGCAGGGCAAAAGAUUUGGAGAAACUAUACAUGGAUAUGUCAAUGCAGAAGGAGUUACAGAAAAAGGGUCGCAAACGUAAGCUGCGUGAGGACGAGGUACUCAACCCAAAUGGUAAACCGGUUUACAAAUGGAAAGCAGAUCGAAAACGCUGAAGUUAAAAAGCUUUCAUGGUUGUGUAGUAUCUCUUCACAACAUGUUUUUGAUCUAAGUUUUACUAUAGUUUCUUCAUCUCCAGAACUUGAAAUGAGAAUUUCUGAUAGGACACUGUUGUUAAGCUAAUUAGUUAAUGUGAUUGAUGAAACUUGAAACA